GAGAAGGACGCUCGAAACGAGGAACGUCGACCUGGGUGCGGUCGUAUUGGAGAGCGUGGAGAUGAGAGUCCGAGGUGUUGCGUUAUUUUCCUAUUCUUGCUUACGUAUCUGAGUUGAGGGCAGGAGCAGCCAAGUACUUCGUGCUGCAACUACUUGCACUUUUUGAUCGUUAGCAUGGGUCUCCGGUGCUUCGGUUUAUGAAGACAAAACGAAUCGCUAUUGAGCAUGAUCAUUUUUUUGUGGAACGACCACCGCCAGCCGGUAGCGGUACUUCAUCUGCGAACUUUCCCACCGCUGGUUUUGAGCACGAUUUCCCAAUUCGAUCGAAUGUUGAUGUCGCUUCGAUUCCCUCACUGAUGUACUUUCUUGCGGAGGUGCCCGCACGCGAACUAAAAAUGAAAUAGGGACGACGUGCGGCAAACUAAGUCAAAGCCUCCACCAGAAUAUCUAUAAAAGAAAGAGAUGUUGACGCGCGACAUCGAUGCGUCCCCCUUCCGGGGGGGGGGGUCCUCCUGUUCCUCGAAUUCUUCUUAGUGACGUCCGCGAUGGCAAUGGACGUCGUGAAGCCCGAGAGCACCGAGGUCACCGCGGACGCAAAGUUCAGCGUCGCGGGGGCGGGGCAAGGCGAGAGUGCUGGAGAAGCGGCGAGCGUGCUCUCUGUCGUGAAGGCCGCCGACAACCUCAACCUCCCCCGUGUUGGAAGUCUUGCCCAAUGCCAAGAAAAUUCACAACCUGGGUGCACGUGCGCGGUGCAAGGGCAAGGCGGGGCUGCGUUGCGGGCUAACGCGUAUGGCGGAGUGUCCUUGAGUUGCCUUGGCGAGGGUUGCCAGCUGAUCGCGAACUAUGAGGAGCAGGCAGACAUGGAGUACAAACCCACUUUCCGGUACUGCGCCUCGGACAUCUCCGCGGGCACCGGUUACGACAUGGCUCUCCGGGACGGACAGCCCCGCUGAAUGAGAACGGCGAACAACCGGUCAGAUGAAGGUAUGACUGUGACUGGAUUUUCAUCUAGUGCUCCUGGUCAUGUGGCGUUAUCCACGGACUAGUUUGGGCGAAAGCUAGAUAUCAAAAGUUGGUGCUAGCGCCGAAGACGUUGACUAUUGUAGGUUGCCUACAGGUUUUACUGAAUUCGAAGGCUCACCAUCAACAUUACCGCAACGCGACGAGCUUCGUGGACGUUGAUCCCCUGCGUCGUCAAAGCACCAGCAAACAU